UGCUUACCAAAUCAUUAUCGUUAGUCAAAAACUCCACGUUUAUCAUCUUACUGUCUUUAGUGCAAUUAAUUAAUUUUACAAAAUUUCAUCAAAUUCAAUAUUUUUGCUUUUUUUUUUUUUUUUUUAAUUCCUUUCAUGGCUGAAAAGUCAGCAAUAGCAACACCAAAGCCUAUCUCAGUAAAAUAAGUCAAGCUAAUUCUUCACUUCUAUAUAUUUUCAUGGUUUCUUGUCUUCCUGGUGGAAGAGAAACACUUUAUGGCUAUGGCAAACAAAGCUAUCAUUCUUGCGAGUAUUGGCUCAGUUUUUCCUUCUUCUGUUGAUAAACUGAAGAAGUCAUCAACCGGUGUCCAAAACAACUUCAGGGUUUCAAGAAUUCCAUCAAUUAAAGCAGUUCAAAGCCCUCCAGAAUCAGCUACAGGAAGAUGGGCCAGACAGAGACGACCCCAGAAUGUAGAUGGAGACUUCUUUGUAGAUCAUACAUGCAUAGAUUGUGAUACUUGCCGCUGGAUGGCUCCGCAAGUCUUCACACGAGUUGGUGAGAUGUCUGCAGUUUACAAACAGCCAGCCUGCAAGGAGGAUCGACUAAAAGCGCUCCAGGCCUUGCUUUCCUGUCCAACAAGCUCAAUCCGUACAGAAGUACCUCCUCCUGAUAUCCUAGAAGCUCAGAAGACAUUUCCAAUUCCGAUAGAAGAGAAAAAACUUCCGGGUGUUUAUCAUUGUGGGUAUCAUUCUGAGAAAUCAUACGGAGCUACUUCUUACUUGAUCAUUCAUCCUGAAGGAAAUAUACUUAUUGAUAGCCCCAAAUUUACGGAGAGACUUGCAAGUAAGAUUGAGAUGCUGGGUGGUGUACACUAUAUGUUUCUAACCCACAAGGAUGAUGUUGCAGAUCAUAAGAAGUGGUCAACGCGGUUUAGUUGUGAUCGAAUUCUACACUCUGAAGAUGUAGAAGUUUGUACCGAUGAUGUAGAGACGAAGCUAGAGGGGAGUGGCCCAUGGAGCCUUGGAGAAGACAUUAUGCUUGUACAUACUCCUGGCCACACAGAAGGAUCUGUCUGUUUGUUGUAUAAGCCACUCAAGAUUCUAUUCACUGGUGACCAUCUGCUGAUGAGAGAAUCUGGGCUGGACAUAAUGGAGAUAUACAAUAAAUGUUCAGUUCCUACACAGCUGGAUAGUGUUAAAAAGUUGUUAGACUUGGAUUUCAAUUGGAUGAUACCAGGUCAUGGCAGGAGAAUUGAAUUCAAAGAUGUUCAGGAGAAGAAUGACGUUCUCAAAUCUUUUGUCCAGGAAAAGUAUACUCAGCACUCCUCAGCUAGGACUAAAUGGUAUUAAGAGUUUGCAUGUAUGAGAAGAACAAUAGGUGCCAAUAAUUGGUACCAUGAUUGUCAAAGAGAAAUUUCAUCUUAUAAAAAUUUGCUGUGUGCCUCUGAAAAUUCUGUUGUACCAUGACUGCUGCUUGCGUCCUGCAAAUAAAAUUUUGAGGUAUAUAUAAUCAUGGCCAGAUUGUUUUCUUGUUUGCCUCAUAAUUUCAAUAGAUCUUUCCUUUUCCAGGAUGCCAUGAAACCAUUAUUCAUAAUACAGUCAAUAAUUCAUUAAAUUAUACUUAAAAACAAUAUCUCAUAUCCAUUCAUAUAUUCCAUCAUAUAUUCAUAUAUGCUUUAGAGGAUAAACAUUUCAAAAUUUAGGAGAUUUCAAAACCUGAAGUUAUCACAGGAAAAACCUGACAGCAAAACCAGAUCAGAGACCCUUCAAAAUAACAGCAAAUUACAUCAGUGACUUUCAAAAAGUCACCAGAUUUCGACUCAAAAUGUCCCCUGGGAUUAACAGAAAGCUCCAAAAUGAUGGUUAUUGUCAAUGGUCAAUGUUCUCUUCCUGUUUUUCGGGUUUCAGCUUUUUUCUAAUAAUAUUUUGUUACCUACUGGUCGACUUGUAUUACUUAUUGACAAAUUCAAUAUAAGUUACAAAAUAUACAUUUUUAUAUA